GCAAGCAGCAGGAGCAGAGCAGAGCAGAAUUCACGUCUUGUCUUGCAAGAGUGCAAGUACUGCAAGUUGCGUCGGGCUGCUGCUGCGCUCGUUUUCGGAUUUGCGAUCUCGCCGGUUCAAUCUUAAGCCAUCUUCAAACGCAUUCGCUACACUCUCACUGGCACUCGCAUUUUCCGCGUUUGAUGACUGGAAUCUGCGACUGGAACUAAAAUGCGUGGCUCAAAUUGGGAAGUUAUAACCCCCAGAUAUGAAAGAGAAUCGGAGGAAAUCAUUGACGUUGAGGUGGGAAAAGUCUCCACUAACGAAAAGCCUUGGUCGUUUUCAAUCAAAGUCCAAGGCGACCAAACAACAUUCAGUUGCCAGCUGCAAGAUGUUCAAGAUUUACCCAUUGCUGAUCACUUCACGAGACUUGCAGACAUUUUACAUGGGAAGUUUGAAAUGGUGAUCCUGGGUCACAUUAGAAAGACCCGAUUGGUACAACUGCUGAUGCCAUAUAAUGGAUCCAAAAAGGAUGUUGCUCAGUAUCUUACAAAUUGCUACAAGAAGCAAGACUUCCAAUUUCGUGAACUGGUCGUCAAUGCAGGCAUAGCAGACCCACUUCCCCAUGUGGAAAAGUUCUUUGCAUCAAUUGAAAAAGAGAUACUGAGGAAGGAACAGCAGGCAGCUCAGAUGAAUACAAACUCACAUUUCAAAUAUUCCACUUCUGAUGAGGCUCUUCAAUCAGAUUCAGAUACAUUCACCUCACACAACGGUCCAAAUUACAACCAAAAGUUUUCUAAGGGUUACAAUUCUUUUGGUACUGUGGAAACUCAAUAUAACACUGGAUUGCCCGAGAUGAUUCAUGACCACAAAUUGAAAACUGCUAAUUUUCCAGUAAGACCUCCCUCACCAGCCAGGUCAGGCAUAUCAAGUGUCUUUUCCUCAUCAUCACUGCAAACUCCCCAUAGUUGGGAGCCUCAAAAUGUGAGCAACACCAGCACCAGGAAAUCUCUCGUUUCUCCUACGAGCUCGUCGGUAGCUUCAAAGUCCGUGCUUGAUAGCUGGCAAGCCCCGAUCCAGGCUGUGUUUGCAAAACAAAAUUUGAAACAGUUGAAUGGCUCCACAAUCUGCUGCUACAUCACCCACAUUGAUGAUCCAGGAAAUUUUUAUGUGGCUCCAGAAGAAUCAGAUGAGUUUCAAAAGCAGCUGGAAGCCAAGUAUGGAAAAAGGCCCAAAGAAGAAUUUCCCAAAUUAUGGAAAAACAAAGCUUUUGUGGCAUUUGUAGAUGGUCAAUGGCAACGUGCCAUUGUCGCUUCUCCUUAUUUGGGACAUACCAUUGAAGUGUUUCUUGUGGACACUGGAAAAUUGCAAACCAUCUCUAAGUGGGCCCUACAUCGUCUAGAUCAUGAGGAUGCUGCUGUCCCACCAAAAGCAAUUUGCUGCACCUUGCGAGGCGUGCAUCGCCAAAUCUGGUCACAUAAGGAAACUGAAGCUUUGAAAAAUCUACGUCGUGUUGAAGCAAUUUUUGUGUCUGAUUUUGGAGAUCUGAAAAAAUUCAGUACAAUCAUCACCAAAGCUGAUGGAACUGUGGUAAACUGCUUACUGGGCUCUCCUCCUUUUGAAAUCUUGAAGAAAACCUACGUGGUUGUGAAAGAUAUACAAUUAUUCAAAGGGCAAGAAUAUGAGGCAAGGCUGGUUGGUCCAUGGGGCAGGAGAAUUUCCCUGCAGCUCAAAAACAGGGACGAAGAACUGAAAUUUUUGGAGGAGCAAUUGAAAUCUGCAGUGGGGUGUGGACAAGCUGCUAGCAUCAGGGAUAAUGACUAUAUUGUAGUCUUUGAAAUUCCAUUUCAUCGUCGAGCAAUAGUGAAGAAAAUGAUGUUUAACUCAGCAACCGUUCUUUUUAUUGAUCAUGGCAUCACAAAGGAGGUGCCCUUGGAGUCGCUGCAGCCUUUGCCUGAACACUUCAUGAUUCAACCAGCUUUUGCUGUUCCAUGUAUUGUGGCCGAGGGGGAACAAAUUUGGCCUCGUCAGGAAUUCAUCCAAGUCAAAGUCAUUGAAACCAGGGGAGGGCAACCUGUAGUUGCUUGUUGCAGAGAUUCUGAUUUUUUUGAAACACUCAAAGACAGCAGCCCAACAAUUUCCUCAAAAAAAUCUUUGGCAGCAUCAUUUGCUAACGUAACAGGUUUGACAAACCUGUGCAAUAGCAAACCCAGAGAAGCAGGAAGAAAAAGCAGUGAGAAGGCACUUCAAGCCACUGUCACUCAUGUGCAGUCUUCUACCAUGGCAUUUGUUCAACUUGACUCCAGAAAAAACUGGCUUUCUAGGCUGGAAGCUGAAAUCAAUGACCUCAAACCUUUUCGACCUGUUGAUAAUUCACUUCAUGUUGGAGGUGUAUACUUGUCUCAAGACAACGGCCGUUGGCUUCGUGCAGAGGUGCUUCCAGAUGGCAAAGCUCUAUUUUUGGACUAUGGACACAGAGGCUUACUGGGGAGGGUCUGCCACCUACCUGAACACCUCAAAAUUGAAGAACCUGCAGCAAAGCUUUGUCUGAUCCCUAAUGACAUGCGGGGACUUUCAGAAGGCUCCAAAGUACUUGUGGCCCUUUCAGACGACAAGAAUGAGAUCAUCCGUUUUUCUUCGGAAGAGGAACAAGCAGUUGAGCCACAUGCAGAAACCAACAUUGUCCAACAAAAGAAAGUGGCUAUUGGAAGCUUUCAGCCACCAUGCACUGUUUGGCUCAUCACGGAGCCUCAAAUAUUUGAAGAGAUGUGUGAGCGUUUGCAGAGCCUAACACCGCAAAUUCCCAUCUCAAAACCAGGUUUGGGCGAAGUCUACGCAGUCCAACUAAAGGAAGGCUGGUUCAGAGGCCGAGUUACUAGUGUGCAGCCCCUUGAAACAACUCUGCUGGACUCUGGACGUAAAGAAGAUCAAAUUCUGACCAUCAUGCCCUUGAGUUCUUUCCUGAGGAUGGUUGAGCCACUUGCAAAGCCUUAUGAGCUAACUGAAGAUGAAAUCACUGCAAAGUGCACCUACAAACUGCAGAAAGUCUUGACCUCUGGUCAACGAGCUGAAGCUCUUAUUCUCAACGGAGUCUUGCACGGGCUGUGGGUGGAUGGCCAGAAUGCUCUGGAGGCUGCAGGGCAUUUGAUUAAAGUGGAAGUUGUUCACAAGGACACAGAUGGAGCUGUUUGGGUGAGCCGAAAGACGAAGGCUGAAAGAAGAACUGAGAGACUUCAGCCCCAAGCUCCAGGGCUCAAUCCUAUCAUUGGAGCAGAGCGCGGUUUACGUUGUGUGGCUCAAAACUUUCAUGAUGGGCGUUGGUAUAGAGCCGAAAUCAUGGGACAUACACGUUUCUUCCACAUUUUGCGUCUCAUUGACUUCGGAACUCUGGGGGAAUCAGUGGAUCUUAGAGAGUGGUGGGGCAAAAGUGACGUAGAUGCCCGUAAGUACAAACAACUCAAAAAUAAGGUGGAAAUUGGGCAAGUCCUGCUGACUUCUAAAAUUCUUUGGUCUGAAACUGAGAAUCCUGCCUUGUUUGACCUUCAAAUGACAAGAGUUGACUGAUGUUAACGUUUGCUGUAUUCAAAGUCGCUCUGAAUAUUCAGUUAUGUAUUUUUUUCGUACAUAAAGAUUAAAUAAUUCUCAUUCUUUAAUGAAUUAAAUUGUUCUAAACUGAAACGAAUCUGUAACAAAAUAUAUUGAUAUAUUGUUUGGAACUAAAAAUUGACCAAAAGAGCUACUUAUUUUGUCAGAAACUGCUGUGCUCAGCAAGAUCGACAGAAAAUUUGGGCUCAAUGUUUUCAUCAAUAAACUCCAUCUUCAAGGAAAAAUGAAGAUGAUGCUAUAAU